GUUAUCUGCAUCCUCAUGUAUUUCCUUGUGCCCACCCCAGUCCAUGCUCCUUCCCACCGAACCUCUGAAGCCACCAACCAGCUGGCAAGAUAAGAGAGCUCAAAGUCUCUUGGGCCAAAACUCUCCAGUUGAAUAAAAUGUUGUUCAGUCGAAAUCGGAGACCAUCAGAAGCUAGGUUAGGAGUAGCAGAUGAGUAGCAAUGAGGCCUUGGCUGCAUCGCCUUUGCUCUAAAUGUGUGGUCAAGCUGUUGCCUCUUCUGUGCUUGAGUCUGAACUGCGGCACUUUCUUAGCAGCAACCGUUUCCCCAUCUGCAGGUCCCCGGGUCAAACUCAGCUACAGUUUUGGCCGAACUUUUUUGGGACUUGAUAAAUGCAAUGUCUGCAUUGGAACAUCCAUUUGCAAGAAGUUCUUUAAAGAAGAAAUAAGGUUUGACAGCUGGCUUUCUUCCAGUUUAAAACUCCCUCCCAGCUACCUCUCCUACUACUCUGGGAACUACUCAGAUGACACCAUAAGUUGGCGGCCAGUGGAUCUCUCCAGAUUAACCACAAAAUACCAGCACGACCAAGCAGACAAGAGGAUUUGCACUUUUCUUACCCACACAAAAAGCUGCAGCAUCGAGCGAGUCUUGUGGAAAACAGAGAGAUUCCAGAAAUGGCUAAAAACAAAACGCCUCACCCCUAACCUGGUCCAGGGUCUGAGUACACCGAUGCUUCGCUGCCCUUCACAACGGCUGUUGGACCGAAUAGUGCGGCGAUAUGCUGAAGUGGUAGAUGCUGGUAGUGUCUACAUGGACCAUUUCACCGACCGGGAUAAAUUGCGCCUCCUCUACACACUCUCAGUUAAUGCACAUCCCAUCAUGUUACAGAUUUUCCCUGGAGCAGAAGGGUGGCCAUUUCCAAAAUACUUGGGGUCCUGCGGGCGGCUGAUUGUCACUACCAGCACCAGACCUUUGAAGGAAUUCUUUGGCUUGUCUUCUGACGUGGCAGCAGACCUAGCUCUCCAGCUCCUUGCUAUCAUCAAUUCCAUGAGGAACAAUGACCUGAACUACUUACUCUACUUUACCCAUGUCGAUGCUGGCACAUUUGGCGUUUUCAACAAUGGACAUCUGUUUAUCCGGGAUGCCAGCACACUGGGAGUCAUUGACAAGCAGGAAGGCAAGCGGUUGAUGGACGGACGACAGGAAGAUAAGGACAUAUUCAGCUGCCUGGUUACAGACUGCCAGUCUGAGAUUCCCUCCUGUAACUCCGUCAAGGAUACACAAAGCCUCAUCAUGGUUUGCGAGGAACUUUUGCCUAAACUCUUAAAGGAAAAAUUUCUGCCUCCUAUCCAGGAGAAGAUUGACAGAGCUCUGAGCAGGUGUUCAGACAGAUUUCUAACCGACCAAGAAGUCAUCAGGGCAGCUCAGGUGCUGGAAGAGAUUUUGAAACCUCUGCAGACUUGUGAUCCUCGUUUUGCCUACCGCUAUCCCGAUUGCAAAUACAGAGAUAAACCCUAAAAGGAAAUCUUGCUGUCACUUACCUACUUCUUCUACCUUUGAAGUCAAAAGAAUAGAAUCAUCCAGGAAAUCCCCCAGUGGGAGGCAAACACUGAUUUUGCCACCAUUAGACAUUCACUUUGCCAUGAUGAAACUCAGUGGUCCUGUUGACGUUGCUCUUCAAAGGCUCACAGCACCUCUAUGAGCUCCUUCUUAUCAGCCACCACAUUCUAACUUCUCACAUUUACCUUGCUUUUACAAAUGCCUUCAGCAAGAUCAAUGCAAAUCUCACAAGCUUGUUGUUUAAGAGCAUGCUAAAGAUGAACCAAGCCAUUGUUACAAUGGUGACUUUCUUUCUAGGAAGCUGCUCUCUAUGGCUGCACAGACUUUGCUGACUACUUGUAGGUGAUGGAAUCAAUUGUCCCUUUCAGGACGACAUAGACAUCCCUGCCCCGUUGCAGAUCACUCUUCCCCCUCCUCCACUUUUGUUGGAUAUGUGAAACACACAUGGAUAGCUCCAUCUUUCCAAGCUGCAAGCUUUCUGCUCCUCGUUCCCUUUCCUUCUGGGCUGAGUCAGGGAAGGCAGGGAGAGUAUAAGUUGCCAGGGGCACACAUGUCCCCACUAGCAAACUGCCUGUGCUUUACCUUCUUCCAUUAUAUGUGCUUGAAAUCUUGCCUUUCUUUAUUCUAUCUUCAUACCCAGAGCCAUAUUUUUUUGUUCCUAUGACAAAUGAGCCAAGAUCCUGUGGAGAGACACAGAACAUUAACUGAAGGGGUUGCCCACUCACAGCAGGAGUGGGAAGGAACUUUUGCUGACACCUCUGCUCUUCUAGAAAGAUAGAUAAAGACCACAACCAAUGUAAUGGGUUACUAUUGAUUUAAUGUGAGAUGGGAUGAUAACAAGAGGCUCUUGCCCAGAAGGACAAGAUGGAGCUAGGGUGAAGGGCUUGAAAAAUGGGAGAGUCAUUUAGCAAUGGAAGAUGGUGAAUGCAUAAAGAAAGGCAUUAUUCAAGAUGAUGGUUUGAUGUGUGAAGGAAUGGUCCAGGUAUAUGGAGCAAUACAGAAGUCAUAGGGUAUGAGGCAGAAAUAAAGGGAGUUGGAAAACAAAUGCAUUAUCUGUCCUUUUAUAAAAUGGGCUGGGAGCUGAGCUUGGUGCCCCCAUUUAAAAGGGUCAUCACUGUUUGAUGCUGAAAAGCAUCUGGUGGGAAGGGUGGACUGUGGCAGGGUGAGGACAGGCCACCGAGGGCCCUUUCCAAGCCCCUGGGGCCCUCAGCCAGCAUCUGAUCUGGUCAACUGCUGAAAGCAAGUCUGACAUCAGGGAUGGGGAACCUGUGGUCCUCUGGAAAAUGUUUUGAGACGGAAUUAUUACUAACCACAGAUUUGUGCUUUUAAAUAUUUACUGUAUUUGCUUUCACCUUAUUCUGCAGGAAAACUAAACUGGGGUGGUGCCAAGAAUAAAGUAUUUGAGGGCUGGGGUUAAAAAUCCAAUCUAGCCUGCAGCUGUAGUGAGUUUACCACAAGCUGCCAUUUUGAGUUUAUCACAAGCAAAUAGAAGAACUCUGUCUAUCAAAAACGAUACCUAGGGUGCCAUAUAGGGUUGCCAGACUCAA